AUGAAGAUUGCGGACGUCGCACAAUGCAGCUGUGCACUGCCAGAGAGGCUGCCAACCUUUCAGUUGAUAUUAAGCUUUCUUCGGAAAAACUCAAUACAUCUCGUUCCACCGCCAAAUUGGGGAACCUAUGACAUUCCAAGAGCAAUCAAAGAACACAUUGAAUACGAAUGGUCUCUUGCAUCUUACACCAAUGAGUGUGGUGAACAGAACCCAUUGAUCAUCGUUCCUGUAUACUUUUGGCCUGGUGACCAAGUCGACCUGCCAUGUCUCAUGUGCGAAUUAGCAUUUGUUUUCAAUGGAAAAAUGAAAAUAUGGGGCAGAUCGACAAAGAUAUUGAGGUUCCUUGAAAAUCCUAAGGUAGGUCCCAAGCGAUUUCAUAUAGUUCAGAACGAGAACAUUUCCGAAAUGAAAAUCAAAGACACGAUGCCCGAGGUACUCGAUAAGGAAGGAAACAAGUUGUAUAUUAUGAACCCAGCUUCACAAGGUGUCUAUUUCUGCUACGAUGCCCAGUCUCGUUCACAUACCUCGAUCUUCUACGUACUGAUGGCAAUGACACCUCCUGUUCGAUUUAUUUUCCAUUAUCUGAUUGUGAUACAGGUUGAGGAUCACCAGCUAAUUCGUGCGAAUUUCAACUGGCGUUAUCACUUCGUGCCGAACAUCCGUCACGAAGCACCGGCGCGAUGCAAAAAUUCCAAACUGGAGUUCUGCCAAGCCAAAUACGUCAGUCACCUUUCUGAUCAAACAGCCUGGGAAAAUCAGGAACUGCCAAACGAAUACAAAUGGAUGCCAAAACUUAAUGCUCUAUUCAAUCAUGAACCUUUCCGUUCAAAGGGAAUUCGCCUUUAUAGGUAUGUCAUCGAUUCAGUCAUUUGUUCCAUGUCUAACUGGCUUUCAAUUACUAUAGAGGAUCCAAGAUAUACGAGUAUCUAUGUGACCCUCGCUACUGGCUUCACUGUUUGUCAACGAAGAAAUCAUGCUGCAAUGCCAUUAUGA